AAAAAAAAGGAAACCGGAGCAAAGAGAGCGCAAGGGAGAGACAGGGAGACAACACUAACUGGGUAGCUAUGGAGAUGGUAGGUUUUCCUGGUAGCUUUCUUUGACAGGUGUCGAGUGGGAUAAAACAAAGUAUCACAGCAGCCUCCAAGAUGUACGGCAAGGGUAAAGGAGCCGUGGUCCCCUCCGACAGCCAGGCGAGAGAAAAGUUAGCAUUAUACGUGUACGAGUACCUGCUACAUGUGGGAGCACAGAAGUCCGCACAGACCUUCCUGUCUGAGAUUCGAUGGGAGAAGAAUAUUACAUUAGGGGAGCCUCCUGGAUUCCUCCACUCGUGGUGGUGUGUAUUCUGGGAUUUGUAUUGUGCGGCUCCAGACCGAAGGGAGACAUGCGAGCACUCCAGCGAGGCAAAGGCCUUCCAUGACUAUAGCGCAGCAGCAGCGCCCAGCCCGGUGAUGGGCAACAUGCCCCCGAACGACGCCAUGCCAGGUGGUCCCAUGCCCCCAGGCUUCUUCCAGGGACCACCCGGCUCUCAGCAGUCCCCCACGCACAGCCCCCCACACAACCCCAGCAACCCCAUGAUGGGACCCCAUGGCCAGCCUUUCAUGUCACCACGGUAUCCAGGUGGACCGCGCCCCGCACUCCGAAUGCCAAAUCAGCCUCGGGGAAUCCCUGGAUCUCAGCCGCUCCUGCCAAACAGUUUGGACCCUACAAGACCGCAAGGACAUCCUAACAUGGGUGGACCAAUGAGAAUGAACCCUCCCAGAGGAAUGGCCAUGGGCCCACAGAAUUAUGGCGGUAUGAGGCCUCCUCCAAACUCCAUGGGCGGCCCCAUGCCAGGAAUGAACAUGGGUCCCGGAGGAAGAGGGCCUUGGCCAGGACCUAAUGCUAACUCUAUAGCAUACUCCUCCUCAUCUCCAGGAAACUAUGUGGGUCCUCCAGGCGGAGGAGGUCCACCUGGAACACCCAUCAUGCCCAGCCCAGGUGAUUCUACCAACUCCAGUGAAAACAUCUAUACAAUGAUGAAUCCUAUCGGACCGGGCGGCAACAGACCCAACUUCCCUAUGGGACCUGGGCCUGACGGGCCAAUGGGAGCUAUGGGAGCCAUGGAGCCUCACCACAUGAACGGAUCACUAGGGUCUGGGGAUAUGGACGGGUUGCCAAAGAGCUCCCCUAAUAACAUGGGGGGCAUGAACAAUCCUCCUGGAACGCCGAGAGACGACGGCGAAAUGGGCGGAAACUUCUUGAACCCAUUCCAAAGCGAAAGUUAUUCACCCAACAUGACGAUGAGUGUGUGAUUUUAUUAUUUUUUCCUUUUUUUUGUAUUUUCCUUUAUUCCCUCCCCCCCCCAUAUUUUGUACCCCUGCACCUGAUUUUUUUUUUCUUCCUUCAAUUCAAUCCUUACUUGACCUCGGAUUGGACCCGCUCCCCUCCUCACACACACACACACACACACCCUCUGCCCCCAACCAACCAACCAACCAAACACCCACCGACACGGGAUCCGCUAUCUCCCACCUUUCCUCUUCUUACUCGGGAACUCUAUGGCCACACAGCCUUCUGGGACGGCCCUUGAGCAUGCUGGGACUCUAAUUAAGACGGGCCCUCCUGGAGCAUGCAAGAUGGCCGCCGGUCUGAAUAGGAAGCAGUCACAGAGCAACAGGAAGAGCCUCCUCUCUGACUCUGGCCCCGGACUCCCUGGCUUCCUGUCAGGUUCUAGACAAUGAGCAAGGGGAGGAGGACAAACGGAGAGGAGGAGGGAGAGAGGAGACCGGAUCACACAGAGUUCGGUCUUUUAGCAGCUGCCUGGAAGCUUCUCAACCACGACUUUGGACUUUUUUUCGUAAUUUUAUUUUUAGUUUCUGUUCCUCCCGACGGAUUCAGUUAAGGGUUGGACGAAACGACCCCUUUCCCCCCCACAUUGUUUACUCUGUGUGUACAUUUUUAACAGAGAUGUUGUGAUGAUCAGUGAACUUUGUUCCCCCUCAUUUUUUAUUUUUUUGUGUAUGUAUUGUAUCAUUGCUAUUUUUAUUAUUGUAAUAUUGUUAUUAAUGAUAUUGGUAUGAUAAUUUUAAGAUUAGGUUCUAAUUUCUGUUGUUUCUAAAGGGCACAUUAUUAUGAUGAAGACAGCAUAUGUGCAUUCAAAAUCAGAAAUCAUUUGCUGUGUAACAUGUGGCUCCAUGUGAGCACACUGCCCCCUGCAGGUAACAUUGUAUUCAUCAAGGUACUGAUUGGCCCUCUUUUUUUUUUAUCUUUCUGAGUUUUAGCAACCUUCUAAAUUUUUAACUCCUUGUUCAAUAAUCCAAACCAGAAGAAGAAACGGCUCCUGUUUUAGUAGCUUCCAUGCAGUGAAAUGCACAGCUCUAUUUAUUUAUGUACUUUUUAAUUUGUCUUAUGAAUCAUUGUUCCUUUUUUUAAAAGUGUUAUCCCUGUCUUUUUUUUUUUCUUUUUUGUUAAUUGCAGAACUAGUAGCAACUGUGUAAAUAUGCAGAUCCAGUCAGCAGCGUCUCCAUUGAUAUCA